CGGGUUUUGGAGAUGUUGCUUGGUGGGUGUGGCUGUGCUUUUUCUCGCCUUGCUCCGUCUCCUCUGUAAGAAAAAAAUUGUGCUGACUUCAAUUUCCCCCUUCGACCACCUUCGUCGAUCGUGACUCCAUCUUGUACAUACUUCCUACUUUUCUAUUCCUCCUCUCGAUCGCUCAUCGGUUUUGCUUGACACAGUAGGGUAGAUUGUGAUUCUAGAGUAGCAGUUAGACGACAGGCUAUUGAUCUUGGAUAAAAAGUAGCGGAUCGGCAAAAUCAAUGGAGACAUACGUCAUUAAGGUGAUAUACGAGGAUGCUACGUGCAGGAUCAACUACUCCAGCAAAGCAGGCGGCGAAGAGUUGUCUCUCGAGGACCUGCAAACGAAGAUCAGAAAAAAACUGGACCUGCCUUCUACCGGCGAGAUGAAGAUCAAUUACAAGGACGAAGACAACGACUUCGUAGCGAUGAAGGACAACGAGGACUUGAUAGAUGCGCUCGUCACACAACGUCUCAGACCUUUGGUCUUGAAGGUGACCUUUCUGGAUCGCAUUCCGACUCCAGAACCACCUCCUGACGACACGCCGCCCGUCCCUGCUCCCGUGGAUGCCAUUUCGACUCCAAAGCCACCUCCUGACGACAAGCCGCCCGUCCCUGCUCCCGUGGAUGCCAUUCCGACUCCAAAGCCACCUCCUGACGACAAGCCGCCCGUCCCUGCUCCCGUGGAUGCCAUUUCGACUCCAAAGCCACCUCCUGACGACACGCCAUCCGUCCCUGCUCCCGUGAGCGACCGAGGUCUCGAUGUAAAGCCGGAAGUCAUUGUGGCUCCCCCCGUUGCCAAUUACAGGUGUUACAAUUGUAAGAAAUAUCCAAUCGUCGGGCCUUGGUAUUCAUCGAUGGUAAGGUCCACGAUCCCGCUGUCCAAGUUGUUGUCGUACCAUUUGUGCGAGGAUUGCUACGUGAAGUCGGACUGGAGUCGUUCGAGUAGUGUGAAAUUCAGGCCCAUCGAGGAAUGCGCCCAAUGUCACCAGCACAAGCCAGACGUGAUGAGCUAUCCGUUGCACGGCAAUGAUGAGGCCAGCGAGCACAUCAAAAUGUGCGACUGGUGCUUCAAAGCUAUAGUUCACAGAGCGGUGGACAGCGAGAACAGAUCGAUGUCGCUGGGUUCUCAAAGGCGUUCGCUCGACGACGGUCCACUCGAAAUGUCUCACCUGCUUCCACCGACCUCAGGGUAGGUAAGAAUCCGCUGAGCCCUCAGUGCGUUGGUUGCAGAUUUUGGCCUUUUCUAAUUCGGUGCACCGAUUAGCUUUGAUGACUUUCAUCGUACAUCGAUGAUGCCAUUCAUUCUGGUUCUACGUAUGAUGCUUGAUUCAGCUUGUCAAAAAGAUUUCUGCGCUUCUGGUGUCUCGAUUUUUUCUGAGUCCGACAGUUGCUUAUGCAAGUCUAUCAUCGGAAGUGCUGGAUUAGAGAGGGAUAACGGACACAUUAUAGAGUCGGUUGUUAGAAAUACUGAUUUGGAACUAGGGGGUAAGGAGAGAGUCUGCUUUCUCCGCUCGGAAGCAGACUCGGAGCAUAAUGGAGGAAAUGCGAUGCUUGUGACUUGUUUAGUAGCAAUCGGAGAAACAUCAGACGAAAUUAUCAGUUUCUAGAACGUCCUGCAAAACCUUCAGACGGAAAGUGCACUUGAACAGAUUCGAGAUGUCCCCUGUAUAGUUUGGCUGAUCGGCACGUGCAGCAGGGAGUUCAGCUGAUGACAGUGAGACAUGUACAAAAUUGUGUUGAAUUACAGUCCCUUCUGUACGAAUGUAAAUUGUAGCGGUUGAAAUUAUGAAAACAGGCUCUCAAUCCUCUUCGUUCUCGAC